ACGUCACACAUUGAAAAUGUAUUAAUGACGUCAUAGUCAAAGCCUUAUUGAUACACACAGAUUAGUUUUUUGAUACAACAACUUGUCAUCCGGUGUCUCCGGUGAGGUGAUAGCGUAGACAGAGAAAUAAGAAAUUAAUUCAACAUUUUUAAUGUAACGUUAUUCACCUAGAAUGUGAAAAUGAAGUUAUCAACACCCAGAUACACAUUUUGUUUAUUUUUUCAGCUCAUUUUUAUAUUUUGUGAUCUAAUAUUUAACUGUGUUAGUUUAUUUCCCAAGAGCCGCGAUGGACUACUGGUACUUUUUAUAUUUCAAGAUUUAUUUCUUGUGCUUUCCAUUACAACAAUGUUGAUGACAUUUUUUUCUACAUAUCUAUUUCAGGCCGGGCUAGUGGAGGUGUUGGUGCGUAAGUUCCGCGCGGCGGGCUCGGUGUGUGCGGCCUACAUCGUCGCCAGCGUGACGCUGCACGCCGUGUGGCUCCUGGAGAAGUGGGCCGAUCCUGAAUCGGUCUCUACACCCAUGCUCAUAUUCUUAUUCACUCUACAAAGAUGCUUGUCACCCUGGUACUACUUCUUUUACAAGAGGGCAGCACUUCGUGUCAGUGAUCCUCGAUUCUAUGAAGACAUAGACUGGAUCAAUCAGCAACUUCAAACUCAUUAAACAGAUGGACAUGGAUUAACCAAUUGGAUUCUAUUUAAAAGUGGGUAUAAUACAUUCAAUAGGAAUAGCAGCUUUAAUAUUUUAAUGGAUAAGGAAACUGAAAACAAAAAUGUACUUUAUAGUUAAUAAAAGAUACAUGUUUCCAUUAAGUAA